AUGGCCGACGCCGCCCCUACCGCCGAAGACAUGGCCGCGGCCGCCGCCGCUCUUGGAGCGGUCGGCGCCGUGGGAACGAAGCGGCCCCGCUCGCCCCUCGACGACGAGGAGGAAGAGGAGGACGACGAGAGCGUCGAGGGGCCGUCCCUCUCCGAACUGGAGGCCGCGGCCGACAGUGCGAUGUACAGCGAGCAAACUAAAAUCUGCCAGGCCGUCAAGGUCGAAAGCGGGGCACCGGUCAUCUAUCCCUACCACCGCGUGAGACGUAUCAUGAAGGCGGAAGACCAGGUGCAGGCGCUACUUGAAAAACGGCAGCCGCUCGCAUUGGGGCGGGAAGCGCCUAGAGUGAUGGCGAAAGCUUGCGAGUUGUUUACGCGGUCGCUAUCGGCGAGAGCCUGGGCCGGCGCGCAUAGAAAAGGCCGGAAGUGUUUGAGGAGGCGCGACGUCGGGAACGCGAUCGUCCGGCACUCGGAGUUCGACUUCCUGAUCGACGUGCGGCCGACGGCCGAGGACGGGGCGCAGGACAUCGCCUAAGGAGGGGUUGUUUUC